AUGAUGGAUAAAUUAAUGCUUGAAGCAUCAAUAAAUAUUCAUUGGGAUAGUUUUAAAGCAAAAAUUCAAAUGUCAAGUGCAAUGGGUGAUACAAAUUGGUUAAUUGAUAAAAUUUCUACAAAAAUUAUAUUUUCUCUUCAACCAUUUGUUGAACGACGAUUGAACAUAUAUUUUGGUGUAUCAUUUCUGGAACAGGAAGCAAAAGGUGGUGCAAUUUCCGGAUCAUUACAAAUUGCUAAUGCUGCAAUCAAUUUUAGUUGGAUAUCACUUUGCAAUCAACCUACAUCAUUUUCAUCAAAGAUAAAUUUUAAUGAAUUAAAAAUACAAAUUAUUUGGAUGGGUCGUGUUGUUAUUGUUGUAUUAAUCGAUCAAUCAUCACUUCUACUUAAUGAUGAAUGGAAAUUAUACAAUGAUCAGGAUGAAAAGAUAAAAGAAGCAAUGAUAAUGCUUAACAGUAUUUUGAAAUAUUCUAAACUACAAGCUAUUAUCACUAAAGCUACAUUCAACAGUAUUGAUAGUGUGAUACAAAAACUUAGUGUUUUCUUUAAGGAACAAGUGGAAGAUAGCCGUCUGUUACAUAAUCUAACAAAUAAAACAUUAGCAGGAACUAUUAAAAAUGUUAUCAAAUUAUCACAAAUAUUUCAUUGGGCAAAAAUUCUUGAUUUAGUCACUGAUAUGCAAAUGAAAAGUAAAACAUUUCCAAUGCCUAAUGCUAGUAAUGGAAGGACAAUUAUUUGUGGACAAUUUAUUUCAAUUGGACAACAAGCAUCAUUGGUUCUAAUGGAAGGUGAAAUUACAGCAAAUCGUUGGGCGCUUUUCUAUCUCAAUCAGCCAACAUUAAUUUUCUCAAGUGCUGCACAAUAUACAUUUCUUGAUGAAAAACAAACAAUUGGUAUUGAUUUAUCAGAAAAAUUACUACUUAAAUUAAAUGGUGCAACAAAAGAAAAUAAAAUUUCUGAUAAUAAUUGGACAAGUGUUAUUUGUAAAGUUGAGCGCCAUAAAGAUCAAACAUGUCCGAAAUAUGCAACAAUUCAGGAAUGUCUAACAUUAUGCAUCGAUGAACCAUUAGCACAGCUUUUCUCAUUGACCCAAAAUUCAAUCAAAUUUCAGUCAAUGGUACUUGAGCUAUUCGAACUACCUGCAAUGGAUUCAGUUUUUACCAGCAAUCAGAAAGUACCAAUUCAUUUAGAAAAACUAAAAGAUAUUAAAACUGAAGUCCUGUGCAGUCUUAUAUGUGAUUUUCAUCAAGCACUUGGCGUACAGACUGAUCUCUCAACACAAAUUAAUUUUCUUCCUGAAUUACUUCGAUCUUAUCUUAUCGAACAGGAUAAAGAUGUUAAAAAAGAAAUAGGAAAGCUACCAAUGGAGGAGAAAUUAGGAAAAGGAGAAACUGAAAAAACUGAUAAACGACAGUAUAUUUGCAAACAGUGGAAAGUUGAUCCAAAAAUACGAUUCAUUGAUAAAGUAAAAUGGGAUCCACCAGUUAUUGAUGAGAUUUUGCGUAAAUUACAAAUAUUCGAUCAUCGAAAUACCAUACCUAAAGUUGUACAAAGACAUAUACUGGAUCAUUGCGAUAUAUUUUUAUCAAAAAUUCUUUUGGCUAUUGUAAAAGUUGCAAAAGAAGCUUCAGUAAAAAGUGAUCGAAUGUCCACUCAUUUUUAA